AUGAUAAUAGACGGCUCGCGGCUGGUUGUGACAGACAACAGCGGCGCCAAGGAGGUCGAGUGCAUCAAGACGCGGGGCCGCUACGCCUCCAUCGGCGACGUCAUCACCUGCUCCGUGAAGAAAGCGAUCAGGGGCAAGGUCACGCAGGGCCAGGUGGUCAAGGCGGUGAUUGUGGAGACGAAGAAGGAGGUGCAGCGGAAGGACGGCAGCGUCAUCAAGUUUGACCGCAACUCGUGCGUGCUGGUCAACCCCAAGGGCCUCCCCAUCGGCACGCGGGUGCUGGGCUUCGUCACUCACGAGCUGCGGGCGCGGCAGAUGAUGAAGGUGGGGAGAGGCUGUGGGUGGUGGUGA